UUUUCAUGCUUAAUACAUACCGGUGAUCAAGAGAGUGAUGAACCUUUUGUAUUUGCAAACCAAGCUCAACAAGUGAUAUUUGUGAAAGAUCCUCAUGAUCAUGAAUGGUUUAUCCCUAGGCUAAUUAGUCCUCGAGACAUAUAUAAUAUGGGAGAAAAGAAAAUCAUGCAGUUUGAGCAAUUAAUGCAAAAUGAUAAUGGUGACUUAACUUUGUUAGAGGAAAUUCGUCACUUUGAGGAUGAGAAUACUGAUUGGGUUAGAAGUGGGGUUAAUGGUAUAGUAAUUGAUCAUGGACAUUCACCAAAUCAAACUGAUGACAAUUCUGAGUAAGUUAGAGAGGUGUACCAAGUGAUUUGCAUUUUUCUGCACAUGCUCGUUUGGGGAGGUGUUGGUACACGCAUGGAGAAGCAGAUGCAGCCCUUACUUUGAUAUAUAGCUCUUACUUUGAUGUUUUGAAUUUUGACCUUUGAGUUUGAAGGAUCUUUUAUGUCUUAAGAUUGGUUACUUAUUCUGUUCAUUAAUGUUGACCUAGGGAGUUUAUAUGUUAUUUUAUCUUUUUCUUUUCUCCAUCGUGAAAUGACAUUCAUGUUAGUAAGAAUCUGAUUUCUCUGAUAAAGCUGGUAUAAUAUAAUUUGAUUCACUUUACCCUUGUCCUGCUAUUACAUGGAAGCUUUGGAAACUCAGGAUAUGGAUGCAUCAAAGAAGAACUAUAAAAAGUCAAAUAUUGAAGGAAACAGUUUGGGAAAUAAUUUAGAGUCAAAUAAAAAGGAGAAACAUAAGAAGAGAAAGAGAAGGCAUGAAAUUGAUGGAGAAGCUACAAGGAAUUCAGAAGAAGAGGGCUUCACCAGUAGAAAAAAGAAGAGAAAGAGAUUGCAAGAAAUCAGUGCUUCAAUGGCAAGCAAAAGACACAAAUUUACUAAGGAUAAUGAUCUUGAGAGUGCUGUCUCAAGUACAGAUUUAAGAGUGCCUAAAAAGAGUCGUGUCAGAUUUGUUGAAGAGGAAAAUUAUGCUGAUGAAGUGCUGCCUUUUAUGGAGCAACUAUUGAAUGAUGAGGAUUUGUCUCAAACUCCCAAUAUUUCUGAUAGUAUAAAUUCUGAGCAAGAUGAAGAAUUAGAGGCAAAGAGGGUUAGAGGACCUACAUUGUUGAAAAAAAUUUGGAACAUGCCUCGUGGAAAGACAAUUGAUGUGCAGUUUAAUAACCGCAACCAAGCUAUAAGAAAAGAAGGCAGAAAGCUUGCUAGUUUUCUUGGUAUUCUAGCUAGAACUCCUUCAAUAAUGCCUUUAAACAUAGAUGACUGGAGAUGUUAUGAUAAAGAGGAGAAAAACAAGUUGCUGAAAAUUGUGAGGAAGAAGUUUUCAAUCCCAGUACGUGGUGAGGAAUUUGUAAAAAGAUCAAUUGGGAAGAAAUGGAAAGAUUAUAAAUGUGACUUAAAGGGUAUAUAUUUGGGACAGUACAAAACCAAAGAUGUUUUAUUGAAGAAUAGACCGGAACGAAUCCCAAGAGAUCAAUGGAUUGGUCUUGUCUCAUAUUAG